CGGCUGGAUGUGUAGAUGCAGAUUGUUUGCUUUGCUCCAACGCACAGUUCCUGCUGGUAGACGGUGCACGCUGGAUGUACACGCUCGGUGCGAUGAGUUGCUGCUGUUUGGUCGUUUCCUACCAUUUGAUCGUCAAUUUAGUGGACCGUUUUUCGGAGGUGUUGCGCGACCUCGUGUACUGCCGUUGUCGACGGGCAGAGCAAUUUGAUGACUGUGAAGUGACGGCGGGCGAUUCCGUGGAGCCGACGGUCCAGCUGUCUUCGGCCGGUGUGUUGACAAACAAACCACGCUACGUGGUGAUCAAUGAUACGGUUGAGCUAGAACCCUUUUACUACGACAUCGAUCGACGAUACUGUGAGCUACUUCUGCGGGAUCGUCCCGCUGGGACGUGCAUAGUGAGACCGUUCAAGCUAAAACACGAAACGAUCCGCUACAUCCUUUCGAUCCGUGCGCCGGACACUUACUUCCACCUGUUUAUUCGACACGCCGGCAAGAAUGGCAUGUACGCGCUCGGGCUGGAAAAGGAGCAGGAAAAGCGGUUCAAGUUUCCCACCGACAUCGUGCGCUACUACCAGGCCCACCUGCUCGAGUGUAGCCGGGCUAGCCGGGUGUGCACGAAGCUGCAGCUUCAGCCGCUACCGAUUUCGGACGUGCUCGAGGCGCGACGACCCAACGCUCCAGCAAAGACGACUUAAAAAGUAUACAAAUAAAAUUUUAUUUCCACAGUAAAAAUACACCCAGAACAGGACUCUCUCUCUCGCACUCUCUCUCUAUGUACAGGUGUGCGUCCGUGCCGGUGUGUUGGUAU